AUGAGGUGUUGUGCCCAUAUCAUUAAUUUAAUUGUGAAAGAUGGCUUGAAUGAAAUCAAAGGGUCGGUAACUCGAAUUCGUGAUGCUGUGAAGUAUGUUAGAAGUUCUCCUCAAAGAGAGCAACGUUUCAAGUCAUGUGUAGAGAAGGAGAGGAUUAAUCAUAAGAGUUCUUUGUGUUUAGAUGUUCAAACACGAUGGAACUCUACUUUUCUCAUGUUAAAUACUGCACUCAAGUUUCAAAAAGCUUUUAAAAGAUUAGAAGAUGAGGAUCCACAUUUUUGCUUAGAACUUAAUGAUAUACCUCCUACCACCAAAGAUUGGGAUGAUGCUAGGCAUUUUACUUCAUUUUUGGAAAAAUUCUAUGAUGCCACUGUUCAUUUGUCUGGUUCUUUGUACAUCACUUCUACUAUGUGUUUUACUGAUGCUUGUGCAAUUGAAGGUUUCUUAUGUGAAUGUGCAAAGAGUUUGGAUCCUUCUUUAAGUGUAACGGCUAUGAAAAUGAAGAGCAAGUUUGCUAAGUAUUGGGGAAAAAUUGAAAAAGUGAACAUGUUGUUGUUGAUUUCUGUUGUGUUGGAUCCCCAUUGUAAGUUGAGAUAUGUCAGUUUUUGUUACUCUGAACUUCAUGAAGCUGCCACUGUGACUGAGCUUACAAAGAAGGUAAGAGAGGCAUUGAAUCAAAUUUAUGAUGAGUAUCAAAAGCUUGAAUUUGGAAUGUGUUCUUCUUCUAACCAGACUUGUGUUGAAGUUGAUCAACCAAUUAGUGGAGCAAGUAAACAGUUAAUGUCUCUCAAAUCAAAGUUUCAAAAACAUUUGGCACAAGAAGAAUGUGAUGGUGGAAAGUCAGAAGUGGAUAAAUAUUUGGAAGAUGCUUGUGAAAAGGAAGGCCCAAACUCACAUUUUGAAAUUUUGAAUUGGUGGAAGGUGAAUUCCUCUAGAUAUAAAAUUCUUUCUCAAGUUGCCCGGGAUAUUUUAGCCAUUCCCAUAUCCACUGUUGCCUCAGAGGCUGCCUUUAGUACAGGAGGUCGUGUCAUUGACCAAUUUCGUAGUUCUCUUACUCCUAAGCUUGUAGAAUGCUUGAUUUGUUUGCAGGAUUGGUUGCGUGCGUCACCACUCUCACUUGAAGUAGAAGAAAAUAUUGCGGACAUUGAUGAACUCGAACAAGCUCUAAAUGUUGUGUCUCUUAAUGUGAUUUCUGAUUAAUGGAGGAUGGUUUGGCUCUUGGAAAGUUGGAAAAGAGCACUGUUGCUGUGUUGCUGGGCUGCUAAUGUUGUUGGUAGCUAUUAAUGUUUCCAUUUUGUUGCUGCUGGAAACUUGGAAUGCUCUCUUUUGUUGCUGUUAAGAGUCUUUGGCUGCUGUAUUUGCAUCCAUAUUUGUUGAACUUGUCUUAUGUUUUUGUUGUUUUUUAUUUGAAAGUUUUUAUUGACUGUUUAGAAUGUUUAGAAUGUUUUUCAAUGCUUUUGGAUGAUUGG